AUGGUGAAGGGAGAACGAGCGACGAUACUGAGCUAAACGAGCUAGCAAAUAAAAAUAAAUUAAUUCUGUCUGUUUAUAAAUCUCAGAAAUGGGUUCUGAGAACAGGCGUGUAAUUUAUAAAGCUAAUGACAAGAAAAAAAUAGAUCGUGACGCAUUAUUAAUAACACAGUGUUUUGAAAUCAGUUCAGAUGUGGAAAUGAAAGAAAUUCCCCUAACAGGUGAAGAAUAUCUUCUAAAAGUUAUCACUGAACGUGCUAACGUUGCCGCAGUUACUGUGUGUCAUAAAGACAUUACACAGUUCGCUAAAAACCAAUCACUAUUUUUCAAAGAGGUGGACAAAAACUAUCACCAUAUCUUUAAAAAAUUUCAGCCUCCUGGGGCGAAAAUCGCACCUGAUAAACUCAAAACUACUAUAGAAUGGCAAAAAUUUCAAAUGUCAGACUUUGCAGAAGUUCGGUCAUCUAUGUCUAAGAUAAAGGCUAACCUUUUAGAGAAAGGAAUUGGGAAAAAAAGAGUGAAACCAAUAGUAAUUCAUGAGCAAUCGCUUGAAGGUUGGAAAGUAUUUUUUGAAGAGCAUGAUUCCACUGUUACAUGUAUGCUGGGCUUUAGCCCCGAACAGUUGUACUCAGGUUUAGAACUGCUUACAGAAAUAUUGCAGGAGGUUCCACCAGGAGACACUAUUGAUCAUAAAAUAGGUCAAUGGAUCUACGCUUUCUUAGCAUGUUUAACACAUCCUCCACUUUCAGAAACUGUUAGUCUCUUGAGAGAUCUUGCCAGAACUUGUGCUGAAAUAAGGUCGAGUAUAGAUCAAGAAGAAGAAGAUGCGUAUAUGAAGGCAGCACCCAUGAAUCUCUUUAUUUGCAUAGUUGCCAGGUACUUUGAACAAUAUGAUUUAGCAGAUUAAUUUUAUUUUAAUAUAAACCUGUAAUAUUGUGUUAGCUUCAUACACAGAUUUUUAAACAAUAGUUGUCACUUCUGUGUACAAUAUUUAACAGCCUGUGUCAUCCAUCACACACAUUGAUAGAAAAAGAAUACCUACCGUACCUACCCCUUACAAAAUUAUAUA